AUGGGAAGGUGCCAUCCUCUGCCAAUUCUGUUCUCAUUACUGGUGGCAUUGAAUGCCCAGUUUGUGUGUUGGCAGGCCUUACUUCGCUGUCACGAGGAGCGAGACUGUGAACUAGCGUACGAUCAGUACGUCACGGCAUGUGAGGGGAACAUCAGAGGGACAAGGCGUCAGUGUCCGAGCCACUGCAUCAGCGCGUUAAUAAGACUGAACCAGACCGUCAGUGGACCCGAUCUUGAAACGUGCGACUGCGGGCAGGAUGUGGAGUGCAGAAGGGCCAAAAGGGCGAUCGAACCGUGUCUUCCUCGGAAGCAUCCGGGUGACGCCGGUGGAAUAGGGUGUACCGAAGCUCGCCAACGGUGCGAGGAUGACCCCAGCUGCCACGAGACGCUGACAGCCUACUUGUCCAACUGUGGACAGCUUUUCAACGGGAGAAAAUGUUCUUCCAAAUGUAAAACUACCAUUCAGCAAAUGCUCUUCAUCCCGAACGGAAUGCUGCUCAAUCGAUGCGUGUGUGAUGGCGUUGAGAGACCGUUCUGCGAGGUGGUCAAAGAGAACAUGUUAAAACUGUGCUCUCUGGGGGACCACGCGAUUUCCUCAGACCAGGCAGACGUGGACGAUUUGUAUGAAGACGAGGACUACGACCUCAGAACAGAGAGAGAAAUGACAGAUCUCCAGCUCUCCUGGCCAGAGGAGAGGAGAGGAGAGGAGAGGAGAGGAGAGGGAGAUGUGAAGAGUCGGCUGGAGGCUCCUGAUUUUCCUGGAGGAUGA